AUGGCAUUGUCUCCUGUGGCGGUAAGAGACCGGCCGUCAAGUCCUUCUGGACAAGUGGCCCCAACCAUCUUGGAGAGCACGCCGGACAGCGAGCGAGUGCGCCGCUGUUUGGAAGCAGACCGGGUCGAUCCGUGCCCCCAGGCCAUACAGGAACAGCUCGCCAUUCAACCCGACAUGUCCCUCGUCGCUGGACUCGGGCCACUGGUGGAAAAGUGUGCAGACAAAGCGGUGGAUGAGCAAAAGCUCGUGAAUUUGGAUCCAGACGCAGUAUCGGUGCUGUAUGCAUCAGACAUCUUUGCGGCUGGGAGCGGCUACCAGGGGUUGGCGAGUAAAGUCGAGGCAGUGGUCGGCGCAGCUCUGCGGAACCAAGGCAAUUGGACAGAGCAAGAGUGCCAAGAAAUUUGGUGUUUCGGCACCAAUGGCAAGACCUUUCUCAACGCAGUCUCUGAAGCUCGGGUGGCGCAGAUAGCCAGGAGCUACGGCUGCACACCUUUGGCAGCGUGGCUCCUGGACUGUGUGUUCACCGGCCUGUUGCAUCCGCCAGGUUUCAAGUGCUUGCCGACGGCCAACGCGCCGAGCGCGCAGGCGGAGGAGAGUGCAGAUUGGCCAGAGUGGGCCCGAGGCCUGGUGGAAGAUGUCGUGGGAGUCGACGGGGCAGAGGACUGUGCAGCGGCCACCUCGCGCAAG